AUGGAGAAACAAUAUAGCAUUUCUGUUGGUCCUGAAGUUAAGGGCGAGACUCGUAUUCGCCGUUCUGUAAUUUCUCCUAAUGAGCUCUUGUCAAUACCAGCCGAGGGUGUAACUACACUUUAUGACGUUUUUCAACAUGGUGUUAAGACUUAUGGUAACAAAAAAUGUAUGGGCUAUAGAGUAACUGAAAAGGUGGUUGAAGAAGAAAAGGAAAUUACAAAAGUCGUGAACGGAGAAGAACGCAAAGAGAAGAAAGGGAUCGCGAUCGUGACCGCAUACGAUACUUUAGGAGAGCAAGGUCUUCUACAUUCUAUGAAUGAAUCCGAGGUUGAAUCCAUGUUUACCAACGCCAAUCUUCUUCCGACGGUUAAAAAUAUUGCUGAUAAGGUUCCAACUCUUAAAUCUGUAAUCUACGAUGGUGAUCCAAGCGGAAAUAUUGUAGGAGAAUUAAAAGCUGCACAUCCGGAAAUUCGGUUAUUAAGCUUAGAAGAACUUAAACAGUGGGGAAAAGAUAAUCCAGUCGAUUAUAAUCCGCCAGCGGCGCAAGAUUAUUGUUGUAUCAUGUAUACAUCUGGAAGUACUGGAAAUCCGAAAGGCGUAUUAUUGACGCACGCUAAUCUAGUAGCGGCAAUCGCCGGUGUCGAUAGACUGCUUCAGAAUGUUGUUCGUUCAGAUGAUACUUUACUUGCAUACCUUCCUCUUGCUCAUGUGUUGGAAUUUGUCGUGGAACACGCAUGUAUUUGGUGGGGUGUAACCUUGGGUUACGGUAGUGCGCGAACAUUGUCUGAUUCGUCCGUACGUAAUUGUUUUGGUGAUGUUCGCGAGUUUAGACCUUCCCUGUUGACUGGUGUCCCCGCUGUGUGGGAAACUAUUAGGAAAGGAAUUUUAUCAAAGAUUCAUGCGAGCUCUCCAACGGCGCAAAGGGUUUUUAAUCUUGCAUUUAAAUCCAAGAGAUGGCUUCAGAGCAAAGGAUUACCUACUGGCGUAUUGGACACAGCCAUAUUUAAUAAAAUUAAGGAAAAUACAGGUGGUCGCCUGCGAUUUGCUUUGUCAGGCGGAGCGCCUAUCUCGCGCGAUACACAGGAGUUCCUAACAGUCUCUUUAUGCCCCGUUGUACAGGGAUACGGAAUGACUGAAAGUUGCGGUAUGUGCACAAUUUUAUCUCCAGAUCAAUUUCAAUAUGGAAGUACUGGUGCACCAGUUCCGUGUGUAGAAAUUAAGUUGGUAGAUGUUCCCGAGGCCGGUUACUUAUCCACAAAUACGCCACGACCUCAAGGUGAGAUCUGGAUUCGAGGUGGUUGUAUAACAUCAGGAUACCACAAAAAUGAACAAGUCACGAAAGAGACUUUCACCGAGGAUGGAUGGCUUAAAACAGGAGACAUAGGCGAAUGGCUUGAAGACGGAACGUUAUCCAUCAUCGAUCGAAAGAAGAAUUUGGUGAAAUUGGCGCAUGGCGAAUAUAUAGCCUUAGAAAGACUCGAGUCUAUUUAUGGCUCCACGUUAUUUGUGUCCAAUAUUUGUGUUUGCGCAGAUUCGUUUAGAGACCGCCCAGUGGCUUUAAUAUUUCCGGUAGAAGCACAAAUUUAUAACCUUGCCAAAGAGAAGAAUCUAGCAAAGAAGGCAGAUUUAAAACCUGCCGAAAUGUUAUCUCACAUUGCGUUGACUCACGAAGAAUGGACUUCACAAAAUGGCCUUUUAACUGCUGCACACAAACUCAAGCGCAAAGAAAUUCUCAAUAAAUACAAGGAUGAUGUCGAUC